UGUGUAUCUCUUGAUCACGCAACAAACUCCAUUCUAUUUCUCUAUAAGUUCCCAAUAAGUACGUAGCCAAUCUUCCAAAGGCUUGAACUUUAAAAGAUGGGUUCCCCAGCUGCUGUUCUCUUUCUGGUCAUUAACCUUCUCUUCUUUGCUGUAAGCGGCUGCAACACAUGCUAUUCACCUAAACCACCAAUCCCAAACCCGACUCCUUCAAGUGGGAAAUGCCCGAGAGAUGCCCUAAAACUUGGGGUAUGUGCCAAAUUGCUCAACGGGUCUGUGGGUGCCGUUGUUGGAGCCCCACCAAAUUUCCCUUGCUGCUCCAUUCUAGGGGGGCUUCUGGAUCUUGAAGCAGCUAUUUGCCUUUGCACUGCCUUGAAAGCCAACAUUCUUGGCAUCAACCUUAACAUCCCCAUUUCAUUGAGCUUGCUCAUCGACACUUGUGGGAAGCAACUCCCUCCUGAAUUCCAAUGUUAAGAAACAGGGAUUUCAUUCAAGAUGUAUUAUGUUUUGUAGCAGCUAGCAUUGAUUCCGUCGAUGCUUACUUGUUCUUUGAUCUCCAUCGUUAUGGUUAUGUUUCUUUAGUUGGGUUUGUGGCAAGUGUUCAGUGUGACCUUUACACUGAGAUUGGCUUUCUCAUUUCAAGUCUAACGUGUCAUUUUCCAGUUAA